AUGCUCCUAAAGUCUGGUUUGCUGCUGCUGCUGCUGAUCAGUGCAUCCGCAUCCCACGAAGCUGAGCAGAAUGACUCUGUGAGCCCCAGGAAAGCGCGGGCGGCAGCGCAGAACUCAGCCGAGGUGGUCCGCUGCCUGAACAGUGCCCUCCAGGUGGGCUGCGGAGCCUUCGCCUGCCUGGAGAACUCCACGUGCGACACGGACGGGAUGUACGACAUCUGCAAAUCCUUCCUCUACAGCGCUGCUAAAUUCGACACUCAGGGAAAAGCUUUCGUGAAGGAGAGCCUGAAGUGCAUCGCCAACGGGGUGACGUCCAAGGUGUUCCUGGCCAUCCGCAGGUGCUCCACGUUCCAGAGGAUGAUCUCCGAGGUGCAGGAGGAGUGCUACAGCAAGCUGGACAUGUGCGGCAUCGCCCGGCGCAACCCCGAGGCCAUCACCGAGGUGGUGCAGCUCCCAAACCACUUCUCCAACCGGUAUUACAACAAGCUGGUGAGGAGCCUGCUGGAGUGCGACGAGGACACGGUGAGCACCAUCAAGGACAGCCUGAUGGAGAAGCUGGGGCCCAACGUGGCCAGCCUGUUCCACCUGCUGCAGAGCGACCACUGCGCCCAGGGCCACCCCCGCGCCGAGCUCCUGCGCAGGAGGCUCUCGGAGCCGCAGAAGCUGCAGCUGCUGCUCAGGAACCUGCGAGGUGAGGGCUCCGCGCCCGCCCGCGCCGCCCGAGCGGGGCUGGGCGAGCCGGGCGCGACCGAAGGGCUCUGAGGGCUCUGCUCCAGGAGCGCCGCACCCAAAGCCACGGGACUGUAGGUGUUCCAACCCCCCCAGGAGCUGGGUUUUGUUCCUUAGGGCUCGUUUAGGUAGUGUGUCUUUUCUGUUCCACUUCUGCACGGGUCUGCGUUCGGUGUCGCGGCUUUCGCGCCGGCCUGACGGCUCUGUCUCUUCUCUUGCCCACAAAAUAAUCUGUUCUCCCAGAAAAAAAAGAAAUCACGCUCAUAAGUAGAUCC